ACACGUGAUCCUGCCAUUCGUUUCCCCGCCCAUUUACUCCACUAGUCCAGUUCGCCUUCUGAUUGGCUGUAAGUUCUGCUGACAACACCAUCUCUAACUGGAGGCUCCCUCACAGCUGAGGCUGCGCCGCUAGGCAUGUUGGGAGUUGAAGUUCUAGUUAGAUGAGAUGCCAGAGAAGGCUGGGGAUGCGAUUUGUGUAAAGACUACAGGUCCCAUGAAGCUGCACUGCCGCCGCUCCAGGCUCCCCUCCGGAGAGAUGACUAGUGCAGCAUGUUGUGCCGUGCUCUAGCCCCAGCUGAGUGCCUGCCCGGGGAUCACACAUAGUGAGAGGAAAGGAUUCCAGGGCGAAGAGCUGCGACUUCUCUGCCUGCCCGGACCGGUGGAAACGUAGCUUGAAGCUGCUGGUUGAAGCAGAAAUCUGUCCUGCAAUGCAGAACGGCCAAUCCCAGGAGGUUGGUGCAGAUGUAAUGGCAGAGUCAGAAACAACAGAGGAUGGACCAAAUGAUACAUCGGAUUUACCGCACAACAUCUCGGAUGCUGAUGCUUUCCGGAUACUUUGGGAAAUGAAAAUGAAGAAAAGACAGAAGUGCCCAUCCCUUCCAGAAACCGUGACCGUACUUAGCACAGAGGAGGGAAGUACAGUGUACAUUGUGGGCACUGCGCACUUUAGUGACAGCAGUAAACAAGAUGUGGUAAAGACCAUUCAAGAGGUUCAGCCAGAUGUAGUAGUGGUUGAACUGUGUCAGUACCGAGUGUCCAUGUUAAAGAUGGAUGAAGAAACUUUACUUAAAGAAGCCAAAGAAAUAAACCUGGAAAAACUUCAUCAAGCAAUUAAACAGAACGGAGUCAUGUCUGGCCUCAUGCAAAUGCUUCUACUGAAGGUGUCUGCUCACAUCACUGAACAGCUAGGAAUGGCUCCUGGUGGGGAGUUCAGAGAGGCUUUCAAAGAGGCAAGCAAAGUGCCUUUCUGUAAAUUCCACCUUGGAGACAGACCUAUUCCCGUAACGUUCAAGAGAGCCAUUGCUGCACUUUCAUUCUGGCAGAAGGUGAAGCUCGCCUGGGGCCUCUGCUCAUUAUCAGACCCCAUCAGCGAGGAUGACGUGGAGAAAUGUAAACAGAAGGAUUUAUUGGAGCAGAUGAUGGCAGAAAUGAUUGGUGAAUUUCCUGACCUUCACCGCACUAUAGUCUCUGAGAGAGAUAUUUAUCUCACCUACAUGUUGAAGCAAGCGGCUAGAAAAACUGAACUACCUCGUGCCUCUGAAAGUGAGCCUAGAAAAAGUGUCCCAUCUAUUGUUGUUGGUGUUGUCGGGAUGGGACAUGUACCUGGUAUUGAGAAGAACUGGAAUACUGAUGUGAAUAUAGCGGAAAUCCUGAGUGUGCCUCCUCCCUCAGCCCUGAAUAGGAUUAUUACUUUUACAGCAAAAGUGACAUUUUUUGGACUUUUCAGUUACGGUUGUUUUUGUGUCAGUAAACGGACUGCCCAGUUUAUCCUUUCAGUGCCAGCCACACAGUAUUGCCUUCAAAGACUGAACCAAAUAAGAAUCUGGAAUUUUUAGACUUCCGCUAAUGGAUGCUAGUUCUCUUCUUUCUAGGCUAUUGAUAACACCACCUGCCCUGAGGUCAUAUCCAAUGGAAUGCCAAGAAAUUGCAUUGUCCUCUCACGGCAAAACAUAUAAGUGGCAGCUACUGUAGGUUCUGCAGAAACUGUUGUGCUAUGAGGCUAAAUGCAAAGGAAAUGUUAUAAUAGGUAUUGCAAAUAACUCCAUCCCUAUAGGAAAAAUCAUAUCUUUGGUAAUUUUAGAGGGCUAUUCCUUUUUUAAAGAGGUCACAAAAUGCUUUUUAUGGUGCAGUGCUUCCACUAUUAUUUACCUGACCUUAUUCAAUACUGAGACUAUUGACUAUAUGGACUAACUAACCACACGGCUUUGCUGAUUUACCAGAGUUGGUAUGUUUUACUUAUCGAAUGUCGAAGACACGCUGAAUUUAGUAAAUUAAUUAGGGACAUCCAUAGAUGCUUAUUAUUCACUGUUAAGUCUUUCACUUGUAUUAUAAAGUAAGAUUGUGUAACUGCAGGGCACGAAAUGUUUUAUACCAAAUCACCUUCACUCUAUUAUAUAACCUACCCAAGUGCUUAAACAUGGUUUAUUUUAGGUUUGCAUUGCACUGCCAUUUAUUUCCAAAAAUGAGCACCCUUCAAACGUUUUACGUGGAUACUCCACAGGGUGGAUCACACUAUUGAUAGCUACACUUUCUAUUUAGUGAUUGAUAUCCUCAACCUCUAGUAACUAAUUUACAUUUUCACUUAACUUAUUUUAAUGGGUGUUACUUAUUUUUUGGACUAAAUGGAUGCCAUAUAAAACUUGUUAAAAAUAAAUAUUUUAACUAAUGAUUAAUUGAUUUGUACAUAAUAGAUGUUGAAUAGUCAGCAAUCUUUAGUAGGUUAGCACUCUAAAGGCACUUUGUGGCAUACAGCUACUUGUCAUUUACUUUGGCAGGAUGAAUUGGCCAAAAUAGACUGGUAACAAUGGCAUAACCACAUAUGCAGGCAGAAGGGAAUCACCUUGUGGAGCUACUAUUAGUCCUUUUUCUUGAAGAGCUGCCUUGACCCCAAAUACAGCCAUUUCAAGAACUUGCAGAGGCUUUCCUGGACUCCGGAAGGCAAAUCUGUUCAGUUUGUAACAGAAAGACAAAGUGGAUGUAUUGCUACACAAGUCAGAAUUCCGUAGAAGCUUGUUGACAACACUUUUGGGAUUCUGAUAAAACAUGACGAGUAGUAAAAUAGGAAGGAAAGCAUUACUGUCAUUUAGAAAAACUUUUGAUAUGACAUGUAGACAAGUCAAAAGUUAUGAUCAGUUGGGGGUCUUAGUACUGAGAUCCCCCUGAUCUCAAGAUAGACAUAGUUAGAUGAAGUGCUCAGCAGCACAAUUCACUCCCCAGCUUAGCACUCUCGUAAACACCUUUUGGCAGAUUUAUGAAAUUUGUCUAAAAGAAAAACCGUCUGAUUUGCCCAUAUCAACAAAUCACAGCGCAGCUUUCGUUUAUCAAGAACAGAAUAAGAAAUAAAAGCUGAGCUCUGAUUCCCUGCAAUGGGAAACAAAGAUAAAAGGAGAUUUUUUUAUCAAGCUCUCUUGGGGUAUGUUUACUUAAAGGGGUACUCCACUGCCCCAGUGUCUGGAACAUUUAGUUCCGAAUGCUGGGUACGGGCUGCGGGGGUUUUGACGUCACACCACGCCCUCUCAAUGCAAGUCUAUGGGAGGGGGAGUGACGGACGUCACUCCCCGCUCCCAUAGACUUGCAUUGAGGGGGUGUGACAUCACAAGGGGCGUGGCCGUGACGUCACGACCGCCGCACCCAGCGCUCUGAACUAAAAGUUUUGGACGCUGGGGAGGGGGAGUACCCUUUUAAAGGGAAACUGACAGCGAGUUCACCCGCACUAAACCCAAUACACAGGGUUAUAUUGCGGGUGAACCGAAUUACAGUGAGGUUUCACUUAUCCGGAGAUAUGUAUUAGUCAGCAUUGCCAAUCUGGAAAUGGCUGGCUAUGUGCAAUGGAGGCAGGACCCAGCAUACCUAGCUUCCCUGCCUCGUUUCCCUCUGCACCAAUGUGAGCUUGAGGUGGGCAGGCAUAUCAAUACAGAGGGGAAGGAGGCAGGGAAGCUAGGUAUGCUGGGUCUUGCCUCCAUUGCAUAUAACCAGCCAUUUUAAGAUUACCAAUGCUGGCCAUUACAACGGCUAUGCCCAGAUCGCAGAAUUAGGUAAUUGAUACCUCAUUGUAAUCCGCGUCGCACUAUAACCCUGUGUAUUGACUUUAGUGUGGGUAAACCCGCUGUCGGUUUCCCUUUUAAAUCUGCUGCAGAUUUUAUGAUGCAGACUUCAAGCUGUGGAUUUAAUAAAUAGCUGAAAUCUACAGGUUAAAUCUGCAACAGAUUAUAUGUGCGUGUGUGUGUGUGUAUGCAUAUAU